CUAAACUGACGUAAAUCCAUAUGAAGAAGAAGGAAGCUGACAGGAGGAACGUUAACAAAGGAACCCCAGCUUGAGCCCAGCAAACAUAACCGGACGGUUUUUACCGGCGCUCUCACGUCGUCUCCAUGACAGGUAGCAGUUGACAACAACACCAAGUUGAUGUUGGCCUCUCUGUCCACAAUGAUGUCACAUGGUUUCAAGAGCAGUAAGCAGGACUUCACCUUUGGACCAUGGAAAGUGACUGCUGCCAAGAACCACAUCAUGAAAUCCAAAGACAUUGAACGGUUAGCAGAGGAGAUGAACAUGCCCUCCCUUCCAGAGAUGCUGUUUGGGGACAACGUCCUCCGCAUCCAACACACAGAUGGCUACGGCAUCGAAUUCAGCGCCAUUAAUGCCCUUAAGAGAGUCAACAACAUGGAGGAUGCUGUCAAGGUGGCCUGUGCUCAGGAAUGGCAGGAGAGCAGAGCUGAUUCUGAACACUCCAAAGAGGUGGUGAGACCCUACGACUGGACAUACACCACAGACUACAGAGGAACUCUGAUAGGAGAAGGUAUGCAGAUAAAGGUAACUAAGACAGCGGAACGCAUCGACAUGGAGAAGCUGAAGGCUCGGGAACAGAUCAUGUUCUUUGAUGAGGUGCUGUUGUUCGAAGACGAGCUGCAUGACCACGGAGUCUCAAUGAUCAGCGUCAAAAUUAGGGUGAUGCCCACCAGUUUCUUCUUGUUGCUGCGUUUCUUCCUACGAGUGGAUGGAGUGCUGAUUAGAAUAAAUGACACACGACUGUAUCACGAGGCUGGGAAGAACUACAUGCUCCGAGAGUUCAGUACGAGGGAAAGCAAAAUAGCAGAACUGAAGAAUGUUCCAGCUGCACUGUACACUGAUCCUAAUGAGAUCGCCCAGCACCUGACCCUGAAGCUGAUGGAGUGCGAGAGGCUGGAGCUUCCUGUGAUGCAGCCUCAGACAGCUGUUAAUGAAGUCCUUCAGUGACCAGUAUUAUAUUAUACACAAUGGUCCACAUUGAUGUGUUGCAUGAUGAUAAACAGGAAUAGUAGUCUUAAACCACAUCACUGAUCUUACAGUAACAUAACCAUUGAUUUCCCUUCAAAUAUCUGUACAGGAAUAGUUUUUAUAUGUGACCAUUAUGAUGGUGUGUUCUUAAAACUGCAGCAGGACUUCAGACAGUUUCACUGUGUUCACAGUGCAACUUGAUGCACUGUAAUAUCACAGAAACUAGUUUUGGCUUUGUUUGGCCAUAUUUAAACUGAUUUUCUUUUAUGAGACUUUUUUUCACUGUCAAGUUGGUUGGGCUUGGAAACAUAAAGCUCGGUGGGGUAGCUGUUUCUAAGCUUGUAAUAUUAGGAUAUCAAUAAUGUGUGUGUUUGUAAAAAGCUACACAAAACAACACUGUAUUUUCUGAAGUCAGAUUCAUCAAGAAUUUCUGUAAAUAUGUCUACUGUAUUUUCUACGGUGACUUACGGAAGGCGAAAAAACUUCUGUUUUCCAUUUGCAAGUCAGAAACCUCCAGAAUCUGUGUGAAUGUGUCUACCAUACGGCCAAAUAAAUUUUGUUUGUGCAAAUAUA